AUGACUACGAGACUGAAAGUAAUUGAGAAAGGAGGAUUCUUGGCUUGUGUGGAGGCAAUAUCUUUUCUUGACAAGCUUAAAGGAAAGCAGUUUGAUGAUGAGAAGCUGAGCCAAAUUCAAGACAUGGUAUUGCGAGGAGUGGCUAAAGAGGUUGUGAUUGAUGAGGAAGGCGUCUUGAGAAUUAAGGGGUGGGUAUGUGUGCCCCGUGUUGAUGAUUUGACUCAUACUAUCCUUGCAGAGGCUCAUAGUUCGAGGUAUUCUAUACAUCCUGGUGCAACCAAGAUGUAUCGUGAUCCGAGAAAACAUUAUUGGUGGAGUAGAAUGAAGCAUGACAUUGUUGAUUUUGUUGCCCAACGCCCAAAUUGUCAGCAGGUAAAGUACGAGCAUCAGAGGCCUAGACGGACACUUCAAUGA